AAGAAAACAUUACAGUUGAGCAAAUCAUGUGCGCUGAGAACUGCCCGUGGCCGUGGUUAACAUGUUUAUGCGUAUAAAUCCUAAAGCGUAAGUUACGGCAAGACAAUAUUUGUGUGUGUUCUGCCACAUUCUGCUCCCGCGCCUAUUCACGAGUGCACAACAGCCGCCAGCGCAAGAUGGAAUGGACUCGCGAGUCGUAAGCGUGUCUUGAUAUCCGCAAAAGCGUCAACCCACGUGUCUCUGGCUGCCUGCAGCCUGCUGGGCAGUCGUACUUCGUGAAUCUGGCGCGAUGGCACCUGUCAACGGAAACACCGGGAAGCGAAUCGGUUGGAGUUCCAAAAAACUGAAGCGCAUGGAGUCCAAGAAGAAAAAGAUCGAAGCUUUCUUGCAAUUGUGCGGAGACAAGUCAUCAGCCAGCGUGGAAUCGGCCAUCGCAACCAAGCAGCGCCAAAACUCGCAUCCUUCAGAUCCGGUCAAGGCAGUCAGCGAUGCACUGGUGCAGGUUCGAGCCCGGAAGCGAGCUGGUGCGUGGCAAGAAAUGCCAAAGUUUUUCCUCACCGACGAAGGCCACCAAGCUGCUUGGUCGUGGCCUGAAACGGAUGACACUACCGCCAAAAACAAUUCCGAGGACGCCGUGGAAUCCAAGACCGCCUUGUACCUUCAAGACAUCCAAGCCCUGCUACUCGUGGGCCUGAUGGGACAGAGGACUCCGAUCCUGACGCGUUGGUGUCGAUACCUGCGGAACCAGCAAACCAGCCAUAUCGUCGUCAUCACCGUGAGUGGACUGACGGCUGACGGGCUUAGCGCGAGUGCCGAACAGUUUACGAAGCUCAGGAACGCCUUUCCCGACGGCGGCGUUCGUGUGAUUCCCUCAGCGUGUUACGGCGCCACGACCGAAUCCGAACUGACGCAAGUGCCGAUCAGCCUCAACUGCAGCACGAAACUGCGCUGCUACUUUGGCUCCCUUGAGGCAGCCGAGGCUGCUGGCGCGGUCUAUAGAUGCUACGGUGCGUUCGUGCCCAUUAGGAGGCACGGCGACAAAGCGACCGCCGCGGAAGGUGACCAACCAAGUACUCCCAAGACCAGCGACCUCACGGCUGCCGACCCGCCACCACAAGAUCUGACGCUAGCAGUGCGGGGCAAGAAUACCGACGAAGAAGCGAAGAACACAAGCGUUCAGCCGCCCGUUGGUAAUAAGCUGCCUGAAAAGCCUCCCGCGAGAGAAGCGACGCAGAGCGAAUACGAAGACAUGCUCGCUUUUGAAGUGCCCCGUACGUUUUUUCUGCUGAGCCCCGUUCAGAUGCUGACGGAAGGCUAUCCACUGAUCAGAGCAAACAACACGAGGGACUACGUCUAUACGAAGAAGUUCUACACACCCGUAAGCCAUAACUCCCGCAUGUUUGGGUUGGAUUGCGAGAUGUGCUUGACGACAGCCAAAGUCAACGAGCUCACCCGAGUCACCUUGGUCGACGAAGACGAAAAAGUGCUGCUCGACGAACUGGUGAAACCUCGCAACAAAAUCAUUAACUACCUUACGCAGUACAGUGGCAUAACGAAAGAAAUGCUGGACCCAGUUUGGACGCGCAUCGAACACGUCCAGAAAGCAAUAUCAGACCUUUUGCCCAGUGACGCCAUCCUCGUGGGGCAGUCGUUGAACUUUGACUUGCACGCGCUACAUAUGAUACAUCCGUACGUGAUCGACUCCAGCGUCAUCUACAACGUCACGGGAAACAGACGAAACAAGACGAAGCUCAAGACACUGACCAGCCUUUUUCUCGGCGAGGAAAUUCAAACGGGCACUGAUGGCCACUGUUCCGCAGAGGACGCCACCGCUAGUCUUCGCCUUGUCAAGCACAGGCUAAAACAGGGCCUCUUUUAUGGAGACUCUGUUCUUCAAGAAAUGCAACAGCAAAUUAUCAGCAGGGCACUUGAAGAGUACGACAAGAAGCCAUUAGAACUCUAUGUCUACGACGAGGACGAAAUGCUGGAUCAGAGUACAAGCAAAGUUUCCAAGAAGGGCAGAAACGAAUACGAGCCUUUCAGAGUUUACGCAUACGAUGAGGCAGAGUUCGGGUCCGCCAGUGCAACUGGGAUGUCUACCAAGAAGCGAGAGCCGCGGGGCAAGAAAAGAGGAGCGUUGACGACGUUGGCCAAAUGUCGCGAACAGCUACAAACAGACUUCCGGGGUGCUGUAAGCAACCUGUUUUACUACCUCCACAAAAGAGAAAACAGGAAAAAAGUGCACCUUGUUGGCACCAAAGCAGUCCUCGACAAGUACCCAAAGUUUGUGCUCAAAGCCACUCCGCACACGGAAGCAAACAGCAAUUCGGAAGUUGCGCGAAACGUGAGAUCUCUUAUGGAAACUAACGAGAUUGUCAUGGCAGGGCUUCAAGCUCAAGACAGCAGUGGACAACUGACGGAGGAAAUGGCAGCGGAAGUGGACAAGCUUUUGGGAAAGAUCUAUCGCAACUGCAGGAAAGCAUGUCUGUUUGUUGUCUUUUUAGAAGGCACAGUGGACGUGGACACCCAAGUGAGUCAGCAUGGACUGUGUUUUGUCAAGAUCAAGGAAGCUGAAAAGAGGCCUGUGAAAGAAGACUAGUGUUGAGGAUUGAUGGACCUCCCAAAGAGUGACGUGCAGGUGGCAUUAAGCGGGCGUGCUUUAAAUAAACCUUUCUUGACUGUGAGCGUAAUAAACGUGUACAAAAUGAUUUUAACCCCUUAAGUGCCGAUUAAAUUACGAAAAAGUGUUCCGAAAUUGCCAAAUUUUUUUAUGACAUGAAAUGCUUCAGUAACAUGUUCAAAACAGAAAAGAAACCU